GCGACGAAAACUGCAGUCACCGCGCGCCUGGUGUCUCUAAAUUUGAGAAGUAAUCUGGAGGCAGUGAUCGAGACUGUGGGCUUUUGUCGUUGAGGGAGCGAUCUUUAACCUAGUCCUAGAGGUAGAGCAAGGAAGAUGCAGUUGACAUUAACUGUAACACCAAGAUGGAUGUGAAAGAGGAGACGUGUGAGGCUGACAUAAAGACAAUGGAGUUAAUGGCUGUAAAUAUUAAGAAGGAGGACUGUGAAUGGGAGCCUGUCCACCCUAACAAGGAGAGUCCCAGCAUUAAGGAGAAGGAUUAUGAACUGGUAACUGUUGAUAUUAAAGAAGAGGCCAAGGAGACGUCUGUCAGCAUUGAGCCGCACGGACAAAAAAGUAUGGCGAGUACGGAGCUCAAGGUGACAUCUGACAGAAAGGGGACUAAAGGAGAAUCAUCUGUUAGAACUCGGGGAGACCAGCCAUCAUCAGUACAGCAGUCUGGAAAAAGAAACAAACUUCACUGCUGUUCUGAAUGUGGCAAACAAUUCUCGCUUAUGAGCAAUCUCCAGAACCACAAAAACAUUCACAGAGUAGAAAAGUCACUUUGUUGUUCUGUAUGUGGUGAACAAUUCUCUCAAAGGAGUGGUCUACAGAGACACAUCAGAAUUCACACUGGAGAGAAGCCACAUUCCUGUUCUGAAUGUGGCAAACAGUUCUCACAAAUUAGCAAUCUCCAGACCCAUAAAAGGAUUCACACAGGUGAAAAGCCAUAUUGCUGUUCUGAAUGUGGCAAACAAUUCUCUCACAGGAGCCAUCUUCAGAGCCACACAAGAAUUCACACAGGAGAGAAGUUGUAUUUUUGUAAUCACUGUGGGAAAGAAUUCUAUCACAGGAGUAAUCUUCAGCGACACAUCAGAAUUCACACUGGAGAGAAGCCAUAUUACUGUAAUGAAUGUGGCAAACUAUUCUGUCACAAAAGUACUCUUCAGAAACACAGCAGGAUUCACACUGGAGAGAAGAAGUGACUUACUACAGGGACAACUUUCCUGCUCCCAAAAUCUUUUACAAUGAAGUCUACCAUGUGAAAGUACUUAUCAACACUUGAGUAGUAAUUAGGGUGAUUUUUUUUUUUUUACUUCUUUCUCCCUCCUUUCUGCUUCUUCACCUUUCAAAUUUACUCCUUCAGUGCUCUAAUGCUGAGAGAAGUAGUGGCUUACUACAGGGACAACGUUCCUCCUCCCAAAGCCCAAACAAACACAUUUUCCAAAGAAAUUGUGGUCCAAUAGCUUGCCUCUCCACCAUCUACAAACUAUGCACAGCAAUAGACGCAGAGUGAAAUUAAUGAAGUAUACCAUCUUGAUGCCAAAAAAAAACAAAAAGGAAACAAAAGAAAGUUGUAUGGAACUCAAGACCAGCUACUAUUAGACAAAGUGAUCAAGAAAUGCUGUAAAAGCCAGAAACCAUACAAUGGCAUGGGCUGAUUACUAAAAUGCAAUGACCGUGUGACUCACUCUUACAUCCUGAAAUGUCCACAGCUAUACAAAAUCCACCCCUUUCUAGUAAGUUUUAUCAUAACCACCAUGCCUCACUGGCAAAUAGCCCUGCAACUUUACCAUGACAAAGGACAGAUCACUAUGCCACACAUAAAAAUAACGAGUGUCUUUUUAAGCAUUAAACUUUGUCACCCCUACUGUUCUGCCCAGUAUUAAACCAAUUAAGCACUGUCCUAAAUAACCUCGGCCUUGGAUUUAUUAUCAGCUGUUGCAAUGAACCAGAACCUCACACAGUCACUCACCUCUAAUUUAUUGAUAAUUUGAAAUUGUUCAGCUCCUGCAGCUACACUUAGCAAAAAUGUUUUCAGAUGACAUCAGAAUGGCAUUUCAGCUUGACAAAUCUGCCAAAGCAGUCCUCAUUAAUGGAACACUAAUCUCCACUAAAAAUGUCAACCUCAGUCAUUAGUGUGCUAUUAAAAAUGUAAACCCAGACAAAACAUACAAAUACCUGGGCAUUUAUGAAAUGGCAGACCUAAACUAUAAGACACUAAGGCAGCUUGUGAUCAAGGAAUAGAUCAGCAGAACAAAAUGAACCCCUAGGAACUUCCUCACAACACGUAACAAAUGACAAACUGCAAAUCAUUCUGCAAUCUUGGUACUGUUCUGCAGUUUUGGUAUAAUCAACUGGCCACCAAAUGAACUUCAUAAACUGGACGUCAAAACAUGAAAACUGAUGCAUGCAUACCAACUUAUAUGCAAAAUGCAGUGAAGCACAAGAGUCUAUAUCCCAUGAUUAGAAGGAGGUAUGGGCCUAACUGAAGUGGACUGCACUUCUAGAUCAGCAAUAAUUGUACUACAGACUUGCCUGAUGAACGUAAAGGAUCCAAAAUGUACAAAAAGUAUUUAAUCAUGAAGCUCAAAACAACAUUCACAAUCAGUUUGCUCAGCUGUUCCAUACAAAUGAGGAAAUGACAGAAACCCCCCUGCCUUGUGCAGCGAUGGACAGUACAAUAUGCUAGGAAGCAGAAGAGAAAAUUAUAAAUAUUAAAAUUGUGAAUACCACAAGUAUAGUGGUAAGCUUGCUGCUCUCCACCAACGUCCUGUGUGUAUCCUGAACCUACUCCUGCAUGGUUCAUAAGGAGUAAACUACAACCAAAAGAUGAAUGCCUAAUCAUGGCUGCAAAAGACAGAGGCUUGCACAGGAAGUGGUUCAGGACAUCAAUAGAGGAAAAAAUCUGCAUUACCAUUAAGUGUCACUUCUCCCAAACACGACAAGAAACUGCCACCCAUUUUCUUGCUAGUUAUGAAGCACUGAUGGCUGAAGGAUUACUGUAUAUACAAAGUGGCCAGGCUCAUUCACUGGAGAAUCUGUAAGAAGUGCAACUCACUAGCACCAGAAGGAUGCUGGGACCAAUAUACAGACCACAUAAUGGAAAAUGAGGAGGUAUUACUCCCUUGGGACACACCAUGCCAGAAAACCAGAUAUAGUCAUUGAAGAAAAACAGCGUAAGAAAGCCCGGAUAACAGAGGUAUCAGUUCCAAGUGAUUACUCAAUUCUGAGAAUGAAAAUAACAAAAAUAACAAAAUAUCUUCAAAUGUGGAACAAAAAAAAAAAAAAUCAGAAAUCAUGCCCUUGUUCUGGGAUCAACAGGACUAAUACAGUGAAGCUUUCAGGCCCAUCUUCACCAUUACUCCAUCUGAAUUUCAAACAGCAGUGUUAUUGGCAUUAAUGCAGGUGCUACACCAAACUCUUGCUGUGAACUUAAGGGGAUAAAGAAAUAAAGCAGAACAACCAACCGCACCAUCUUGACUAAAGAGUGAGGUUCAGUCAUGUUUUAAUAGUGAUCACACCAAGAAAACUUUGAGAAGUUAACCCACAGAAGUAUUGUUGUAAUGAAUAUUGUACGCUGUCAAGAAGCUGGACACCAAAACAGGAAAACUGCUUCCAUCACAUCAAGUAUUAUAGUAGAAAUUGUGUAUUCCAAGACUUUACAUCCUUUAAGGUAGGUACAUUGGCAACUCCAGAUUGUCCCGGUGUGAGUCUGGAUGGGCACGUGAGGGGUCAAUGUGAUAAACUUCCACCUGGUAACCCACAAUCAAGGUUGGAAGAUUUUUCACCCUAAAUGAUUCAAUCACUGAUUAGUAAAUUAGCAGAUUUCAAAAAAUGAUUGUUUUUAAGAAUCUGCUUUUCUACGCUUUCAGUAAUUUAGUUGCAGUCUAAAGUAUUGCUGUAUUUGAGGAAUCACUGUUAAGCUAAAGUUUAAACGUUGUUGUUUAAUAUGUUUGAAGAAAAAAAGACAAUUGAUCUUGUGGAUGUUUAUUUAAAUAAAGAUUGAGCGUGAAGAGGAUCAGAGACUGCUUCCGGAGAUCAGUGGUCAGCGGACUGCUGCAUGGAAGAGAUGUUCAGUUGUUAAAAAAAGGCAAUUGUGAACAAGAAAAAAGCAUCAUGGUGGAAUUGGGAAACAUAAUGUGUUAGCUGAUUUUGGAGACGUCACUGGUAUGUUAAAAAAAAAUCCCCCUUUUUAAUGUGUUUCUGACUAGUGAUGGCUGUUAUUUAUGUAAAAGAUUAAGUUAAUGUGCAAUAUCGUGCAAACGUGUUUAUUUUUAGUAACUAGUGCAUGUUUGAAAUAAUAAAGGAGUGUAUGUGUAUACAAAAUUGUUAUAAUAUGAAUGAAAAUAUGAGUUUUCUUGCAUUUUCUUUGUUUAUUUAAGGUUAUCAACCUACUCCUAACCCUACUCCUGUUCCUGUUGUUACUAUCGCUCCUGCAACCAGUUUAUUAUUAAACAGCAUCAAGGAACAAAAAGGAAGAGAUGUUCCAUGUGUCCUCUUUAAUCAACUAAAGGCCUUUUUCAAGUUUGGGUAGACAUUGAUGUAGUAAACCUAAAUAACUUGACAGUCAUUUUGCCGACAAGCAUCCUGUAAACAGACAGCUGACAGUCAUACUUUAGGAGAGAGUGAAGAUAGGACUAUUGGCUUUUAGAUUAAAGAAAGUGGAGAAAGAAACUGAGAAAUGGGAAUCUAAGGAGUGAACCAGUGCCUGGUGAGGAGUGGCAGAAGCAGACGUAUAUGAUGUCCAGCUGAUUUUGGUGUGGAAGAAAAGAGAAGCAUAUCUUUGACAGAAAUUAAGAGAGAAGCUGCUUUAAUGAGUUCAGACCUUUUCAUUUAAAGAGACCCUUUGUCAGAGUGUGGAUUGUGCCCAAGCUUGUGUUUAGUGUAACGGAUCAUAUUUUAAAGGAUUA